CUAUACGAAAUCCUGACGUUAGGCCAAAGCCCAUACAGUUUAGCCAAAGACAACGAAGAAGUGUUUAAUUAUGUCAUAACCGGACGAACACUGGACCGGCCCCACAAUUGCCCCGAUGAGUUGUACGUGUAUGGCCUAAUGAAGAGGUGUUGGAACUUCCAGAGCGAGGACAGACCUAACUUCUCUGAAUGCCUGCAGACAUUGGAAAAGAUUAAGCGAAAUAUGUCGGGCAGUGAGCCGGCUAUCACUGCUGUCCACAACCAGAACUACAUAUUCAGCCGAGGAUUUGAUAACCCCGGCUAUAAUGAGGAUGAGAGACAGGCAGGACACUCAUCUCAUAGUAUAAAGAACUCAAGCAAUUCAUCAUCAGCUCAGAGCUGUUCCAGCAGUUCCACCAUUAAACCCAACUACCAGAACGGACACAUCCAGUACCAGGACCUGACUCAAGAUGAUUACGGUCUGACCGACGCUGACGGCUAUCAGAUACCGAUCAGUAAGUCGCCCCUUCAGGUGUCGGUCGAU